CUCACUAUUAUGAAUAUUGAAUAAUCAUGUGCAUGUAAUAUUUUACAACGAUGGAUGUGUAGACUUAUUCAACGAUCACAAAAAAUCCAUGUGAAAGUUAAGCAGUUAAGGGUCAUGUGAGAUGAUUUUCAGCCUCUGAGAAAAGCUACAGUCCUUCAGUCCACAUUUACUGCCAUUCAGAUUACAUUCAGAAGUCCUCAUCAGAAUGGUCCAUGCACACAUUGAGGACACUGUUAUUCGCCGUCAUAGCAGUACACCAGUGCAGUCAACUAUGCACACAGAGAACAACGAUGAAGACAUAGAGCUGUGUGGAACAGACGAGUGUCAAAAUCUUGUCAAGGAGUUCAACACAGAGACGGCUCGAUACCAUGACUUAGUCUUAGCCCUCGGUGGCUCCAGUGACUCGGAGUACCUUCGCGAUGAACUCAAGAAGACAAGACACAAAGCCGGGGAGUUGGCAAGACGCAGCAAGCAAACACUCAUCCCACACCUCAAGGCGGAUUUUGAUUUCAAGUCGGAGCGUGGGGACUACGAGAGACUGUGGAAUAUGUUUCUAUCCUGUGCAGAGCUUUUUGAAGGUCACAUGCGGAAGGCCUUGGAGCUGGAGAAGGCAUUCCCAAUUCAUGCAGGUCCCCAUAUUCUGAUCAACACUGGUGUAAUGGAGCCCAUAGGGUUGGAUAACAUCCCAGUCAAUGUAGAGAAUCUUGAUAUACCCUCUGUGGAUAGAAUGGUGUUGGAGAGAGAGGACUUACGACACCUCGAGAGAGACAUCUUGCAGCUGCGCAACCUGAUCUCUGAGAUGCAUCGUCGUGUAGACAUCAAGCCCUGGAUGAUCGAGCCUUUAUUAGACUACAAGCUGGACUACGAGAAGUCACAGACAUCAUUGAGUGAUAUUGCUUCAUCUAAUGGCACUGAGACGGCGUACGACCCACAGCAGAGACGGAAGUGCAUCUGCCUGGUAUCCGUCGCUCUCCUUUCCCUGGUUGCCUUCACCAUCGUUCUGGUGGUCUGCCUUGUCAAGUUUGACAAGCCUUAAAAAAAGUUCAUUUCAUGAGCAAUUGUCGAUUUUUCACCGUCAACUAGAAGGCAAGUAUAAACACUUAAAAAAGUGUUUUAAUUUUCAGUCUUUUUAUAUAAUGCAAGCCUUUUGGGCUCUGAACUUUGUGUGUAUUGAUCACUAUGGAAUACUGUAAGUGCAUUUAUACAAUAUUUCUCACUAAAUGCUACUUAAAGGAACACGUUGCCUUGAAUCGAUCGAGUUGGUCUUUGAAAAGC